AUAUUAUAGAUACGCCUAUAGAUACGGUCAAGCCGGGCCGAGCGCCCAACCCCCGAGUUCAAGGGGCAGCGGGGUCAUGAGCGAUGUGCUGAUUUCCGACACUGCCGUCCGAGUAGUUUUAUGGAGUCAAGCCCAUAAGAUUGAGGGUCGGUCGGCUGUUGAGUGAUGUGCCAACUUCUGGUGCCAUUGACCAAGUGAUUUAUGGCAUCAAGCUCUGAGCUUAAGGACUGCAGGAGAUACCAUGAUAGUGGUACAGUUCAACAAUUUUGGAAUGAUUAAUGGGAAAUGAAAUCAAUUUGGUGGAGAUGCUUCAGCCAGGAUUCGCAAUACAGAGAUACCCCUCCACGUGUUUGGAUCCGAGUCCGACUGCUGUCUGCUCGCCACGGUGAGACAGGUCGUGGGAUUGGGGUGAAUGGGGGGCCCUUCCUCUCCCCGUCGGGAGAACAACGGCGAGGGGAGCAGCGGCGGCGGCGGGAGCUCGAAGGAGCGCCCGAGGUCCUUCGAUGAAAAGACCCGAUUGGCGUGCUGGCGGAAGGCGGCGGUGGUGGCGGGGCGGCACCCGGAACGCUGGCGGCAGGACGCCGUCGGCAACAUCGUCUGCCGCCGCUUCUGGAGCUGCCACGGGUGCCUCUGCUACGAGUACGACCACAUCGUCCCCUUCUCGAGAGGAGGAGAGUCCACUGUCGAGAACUGCCAGAUCCUUCAGACUAGGGUAAACCGAUCCAAAUCUGAUAAAGCAUGGGUAGAUGAAGCAGAGAUGCGGGGUUUCUCCUGUGACAUCAAGUUCACUGACAAGGAACUCGAUAUCAUUGAGAUGGCUGCCUACGGGGAUGUUAUUCGUCCAGGUAAGCAAUGCCGUUGCAGGACGGUAGCUGAGAUGCUAGGGCAAGUGAAGUCAAAGAAUCGCGUGGCUGCUUGCGAGCUACCAGACAAAAGCACAUCUUAACAUGUUCUAGGGCUUUUUACACGAAUCAGUCCCAAUUUCUUCUGCUCCUCUCAGGGAGGACAACCUGUUGAGUGUUGUCUCUCAGCUGAUUCCAUUCAACAAUUGUGCUCUCAUUCUUUGUCCACCAGCAUGCCAUUUUGCAAAAAGAAUCUAGUUCCUUCUGAGCUCUCGCAAGCAAAUGCGUGAUCGAACAUUCUGUUUCGCUUUGGUUGAUCUAUGCUUUUUCUUAGAAUUUGAUUCUUGAUCUGUAACAUAUGGGUCGACAAGGCCAUCAAGUACACUUGAUUUCAGCAACUGUUCUUGCAUAUUACGAGUGGUUUUGCAUGGUCU